GUAGAUUUCAUUGAAGCUCAGAAAGCAGCAGGUGAACAUCCACGAACGCGCUCCUGCUGAAGUCUUCCACUCCGCCUCGAUUGGAUCUUAUCUGAACUAAAGGAUUUUUUAUUUCCAGCCAACAUCUGGAGGAUUCAACUGCGGAUCUAUGCGAACCCUAAGCGGGAGUCAAGCACAUCUGUGAAGCUGAAGAGGAGAAGGAAUGUCUCGUUUCCUAGUGAAACUAGCAUUUCUGAUUCCAGCAAUCGUCUUCUCACAAGGUCUAAAAUGCUCCCUACCUACUGAGUCCUGCCUAAAUGGAGGGAGAUGUGAAGCCACGCUGAAUGGGAAUGGAGAGUGCAAGUGCACCAGUGACUAUGUAGGCGAUCGGUGCCAGUAUCCCAGCCCCUGCAGCCCUUCACCCUGCCGUAACGGUGGCGAAUGCCACGCGGUUUCCCAUGGCAACACCUUUGAUUUCCGCUGCAUAUGCCGCUUGGGCUACACAGACAGAUUAUGCCUGACACCCAAUAACCACGCCUGCAUGAACGCCCCUUGUCGCAACGGAGGAACAUGCGAGCUAAUGAGCUUGAAUAUUUUCCGCUGCCGCUGCCCACCAGGGUGGUCAGGCAAAACCUGUGAGACUCCCAACCCGUGUGCUUCCAACCCUUGUGCCAACGGUGGCCAGUGCUCAGCCUUAGAGUCGACUUACAAGUGCACCUGUCCUCUUAACUUCCAAGGUCAAACCUGCAAGCAAGAUGUGAAUGAGUGUGCUCAGAUUCACUCUCCAUGCCUUAACGGUGGCUCGUGUGUGAACGAGGUUGGGUCGUACCACUGUCGCUGUCCUCAAGAGUUCACUGGUCAGCACUGUGAGACACCUUACCUGCCAUGCAGCCCUUCACCAUGCCAGAACGGUGGUACUUGCGUCCAAAGGGGAGAAACCAUCUAUGACUGUAGUUGCCUUCCAGGCUUCACCGGCCAGCACUGUGAGCACAACAUUGAUGACUGUCCAGGUCACAACUGCCAGAAUAGUGGUGUGUGUGUGGAUGGGGUGAACACCUACAACUGUCAGUGCCCACCUCAUUACACAGGUCAGUACUGCACAGAGAACGUGGAUGAGUGUGAGCUGAUGCCUAACGCCUGUCAGAAUGGAGGAACGUGCCACGACACACAUGGGAGUUACCACUGCGUCUGUGUCAACGGCUGGACGGGCGAUGACUGCAGCGAGAACAUUGACGACUGCGCCAGCGCAGCUUGUUAUCAGGGAGCCACCUGCCAUGACCGUGUAGCCUCAUUCUUCUGCGAGUGCCCACAUGGACGCACAGGUUUGCUGUGUCACCUAGAUGAUGCCUGCAUCAGCAACCCAUGUCAAAAGGGCUCAAACUGUGACACCAACCCAGUAAAUGGAAAGGCGAUCUGCACCUGUCCACCUGGUUACGCAGGAUCCGCCUGCAACUUGGAUAUUGACGAGUGCUCUCUUGGUGCCAACCCUUGUGAGCACGGGGGCCGCUGCCUCAACACCAAAGGCUCUUUCCAGUGCAAGUGUCUUCAGGGAUACGACGGACCUCGCUGUGAGAUGGACAUUAACGAAUGCAUGUCCAAUCCCUGUCAUAAUGAUGCCACCUGUCUCGACCAGAUUGGAGGGUUCCAGUGCAUCUGCAUGCCAGGAUACGAGGGUGUGUUUUGCCACAUAAAUGCAGAUGAGUGUGCCAGCCAGCCUUGUCUCAACAAUGGAAAAUGCAUAGACAAGAUCAACUCCUUCCACUGCGAGUGUUCCAAAGGAUUUUCAGGAAGCCUGUGCCAGGUGGAUAUUGACGAGUGCGCCAGCACUCCCUGCAAGAAUGGAGCUAAAUGUACCGAUGGACCCAAUAAGUACAUGUGUGAAUGUGCUGAAGGUUAUACAGGUCAGCACUGUGAGAUCGACAUCAACGAGUGCUACUCUGACCCCUGCCACUACGGCACGUGUAAGGACGGCUUGGCUUCCUUCACCUGCUACUGCCAUCCUGGCUACACUGGCCGCUUGUGUGAGACCAACAUCAACGAGUGUCUUAGCCAGCCUUGUAAGAACGGCGGCACUUGUCAGGACAGGGAGAACUCCUACAUCUGUUCCUGUCCUAAAGGCACAGCAGGCAUCAACUGUGAGGUGAACCUGGACGACUGUAAGAGCAAGCCUUGUGACUUUGGGAGGUGCAUCGACAAAAUCAAUGGCUACGAGUGUGCAUGCGAGCCAGGUUACACAGGCACAAUGUGUAACAUCAACAUUGACGACUGUGCUAUCAACCCCUGCCACAAUGGGGGCACAUGUGUCGAUGGCAUCAACAGCUUCACAUGCCUAUGCCCAGAGGGCUACAAUGACGCCACCUGUUUGUCACAGGUAGAUGAGUGUGCCAGCAACCCUUGCAUUCAUGGUCAAUGUCAGGACCUCAUCAAUGGCUACAAAUGCACCUGUGAAUCCGGCUGGAGUGGCCAGAACUGUGACAUCAACAACAACGAAUGUGAAUCCAACCCUUGCAUGAAUGGAGGAACUUGCAAGGACAUGACAAGUGGAUACCACUGCACGUGCAGAGUCGGCUUCACCGGGCCUAACUGCCAAACUAACAUCAAUGAGUGUGCAUCCAAUCCUUGCCUCAAUCAGGGAACCUGCAUUGAUGAUGUGGCUGGAUACAAAUGCAACUGUCAGCUGCCUUACACUGGUGAAAACUGUGAGACCCUGCUGGCCCCCUGCAGCCCUCGACCAUGUAAAAAUGGUGGCAUAUGUAAAGAGGCAGAAGACUACCAGAGCUUCUCCUGCAUCUGCCCUGAAGGUUGGCAAGGUCAAACUUGUGAAAUCGAUAUCAAUGAAUGCGUGAAACAUCCGUGCCGUAACAGUGCUCUGUGCCUUAACACUAUGGGCGGCUACCAGUGCAAGUGCAAGCCGGGUUACAGUGGCAAAAAGUGUGAGACAGACAUAGAUGACUGCAAACCGAAUCCAUGCAGUAACGGGGGACUGUGUCAUGAUGGCAUCAACAGUUUCAUGUGUACUUGUCUGCCUGGGUUUCACGGCAGCCGGUGUGAGCAGGACAUAAAUGAAUGUGAGAGCAACCCUUGUAAGAAUGGGGCCAACUGCACUGACUGUGUCAACAGCUACACCUGCACCUGCCCACCAGGCUUUAGUGGUAUCAACUGUGAGAUCAACACCAACGACUGUACUGACAGCUCUUGUUUCAAUGGUGGCACCUGCAUGGAUGGAAUCAACACAUUCACCUGCCUGUGUCUAACCGGAUUCACCGGCAGCUACUGUCAGUAUGACAUCAACGAGUGUGACUCCAAGCCGUGUCUCAAUGGCGGAACCUGUCUUGACAGUUAUGGGACAUACAAGUGCACCUGUCCUCAUGGCUACACUGGAGUCAACUGUCAGAAUCUUGUGCGCUGGUGCGACUCUUCACCUUGUAAAAAUGGAGGCUCCUGCUGGCAGCAGGGAGCAUCCUACACCUGCCAGUGUCAGACUGGGUGGACUGGCCUGUACUGUGACAUCCCAAGUGUGUCUUGUGAGGUUGCAGCCAAACAACAAGGUGUGGAAGUGUCUCAGUUGUGCAGGAAUUCUGGCCAAUGUCUGGAUGCUGGGAACACACAUUACUGUCGCUGCCAGGCUGGUUACACGGGGAGUUACUGCCAGGAGCAGGUGGAUGAGUGCUCACCAAAUCCAUGCCAGAAUGGAGCAACCUGCACCGAUUAUCUGGGAGGUUACAGCUGUGAGUGUGUUCCUGGUUAUCAUGGGAGAAACUGUUCCAAAGACAUUAAUGAAUGUCAGUCUCAACCCUGCCAGAAUGGAGGCACCUGCAUAGAUCUCAUCAACACAUACAAAUGUUCCUGUCCCAGAGGGACACAAGGUGUUCACUGUGAAAUUAACUUGGAUGACUGCAACCCCCCUAUCGACCCCUUUACCAAAGAGCCCAAGUGCUUCAAUAAUGGCAAAUGUGUGGACCGCAUUGGAGGCUACCAGUGUGUGUGCCCACCAGGUUAUGUUGGUGAACGCUGCGAGGGCGAUGUCAAUGAAUGCUUGUCAGACCCUUGUGACCCUAGAGGGUCCUACAACUGCAUCCAGCUCACCAACAGCUAUCGGUGCGAAUGCAGAACUGGAUAUACAGGUCAGCGUUGUGACAAAGUGUUUGAUGGCUGCAAGGGAAGACCCUGCAGGAAUGGAGGGACUUGCGCUGUUGCCAGUAAUACGCCUCAUGGUUUUAUCUGCAGAUGUCCACCUGGCUUCACUGGCUCUUCUUGCGAGUAUGAUUCUCGGUCCUGUGGGAGUCUGAAUUGCAAGAAUGGUGGAACAUGCGUAUCAGGUCACCUUGGUCCACGCUGUCUGUGCCCUUCAACAUUCACAGGGCCAGAGUGUCUAACCCCCACCGACAGCCUCUGCAUCUCUAACCCCUGUUAUAACGGGGGAACUUGCCAGAUCACACCUGAUGCUCCAUUUUUCCAGUGCAGCUGCCCUAGUAACUUUAACGGCCUACUUUGCCACAUACUGGAUUACUCCUUCAUUGGGGGGUUUGGCCGAGACAUCACCCCACCUCCGAAAGUGGAGGUGAGCUGCGAGAUUCCUCAGUGUGAUGAGUGGGCAGGAAACCAAAUCUGUGACUCUCUGUGCAACAACCAUGCCUGCGGAUGGGAUGGAGGAGACUGCUCACUUAAUUUUGACGAUCCAUGGCAAAACUGUUCCACUGCUCUUCAGUGUUGGCGUUAUUUCAACAACGGGAAGUGUGACGGCCAGUGCAACAGCCCAGGUUGUCUCUAUGAUGGCUUUGAUUGUCAAGGACAGGAAGGACAGUGCAAUCCUCUGUAUGAUCAGUACUGCAAAGAUCACUAUGCAGACGGUCAUUGCGACCAGGGCUGCAACAAUGCAGAAUGUGAAUGGGACGGUCUCGACUGCGCCAACAACAUGCCAGAGAAGCUUGCAGAUGGACAUUUGGUUCUGGUUGUUCAUAUUACCCCAGAGCACCUUAAAAACAGAUCUUCAUCCUUCCUUAGAGAGCUGAGCAGUGUUCUCCAUACUAAUGUGGUGUUCCGUCGUGAUGCCAAAGGAGAGCCAAUGAUCUUUCCCUAUUAUGGCAAUGAACAAGACCUAGUUAAACAUAAUGUGUUGAAACGCUCUGCGGAUGGCUGGCCUGAGUGGACUUCAGUUCCGGCCAGUGUUUUGGAUCAGGUGAAGGAGAGCGUGUCCUCUAUGGUCAGCCCACGGAAACGCAGGGAGCUCGAUCCUGUACAAGUCAAAGGGUCUAUUGUGUACUUGGAGAUUGACAACCGUCAAUGUUACCAGCAGUCUACUGAAUGUUUCCAAAGUGCUGCAGAUGUGGCUGCAUUUCUUGGAGCGCUAGCCACCAGUGGGAAUCUCAACGUCCCUUACAUUGAAGCUGUCACAAGUGUGAGACCCACUCCCCCAGGCACAGAGCUGUACCCCAUGUAUGUAGUCUUCCUGGGCCUUGCUGCUUUGGGUUUUAUCUGCCUGGGUAUUGUAGUGUCUCGUAAGAGGCGACGAGAACACGGCCAGUUGUGGUUUCCUGAGGGAUUCAAAGUGUCUGAGCCCAGCAAAAAGAAACGAAGAGAGCCACUGGGAGAGGAUUCUGUUGGACUGAAACCAAUGAAAAACUCCGACAUCAGUCUCAUGGACGACAAUCAAAAUGAAUGGGGUGACGAUGACGCAGACUGUAGACGCUUCAAGUUUGAAGAGCAGUCCAUGUUAGAUUUGAGCGAUCACACUGACCAGAGGAAAUGGACCCAGCAGCAUCUGGAUGCUGCUGACCUGAGGAUAGCAUCCAUUGCGCCUACACCUCCACAGGGAGAAAUAGAGAAUGACUGCAUGGAUGUCAAUGUCAGAGGACCAGAUGGCUUCACGCCUUUGAUGAUUGCGUCCUGCAGCGGUGGAGGAUUGGAGACUGGUAACAGUGAAGAAGAAGAGGAUCCAUCAGCAGAAAUAAUCUCUGACUUCAUCUACCAGGGUGCCAACCUUCAUAACCAGACUGAUCGCACGGGUGAGACGGCCCUUCACCUGGCCGCUCGUUAUGCUCGCUCAGAUGCUGCCAAACGCCUACUGGAGUCCAGCGCCGAUGCCAAUGUUCAGGACAACAUGGGUCGUACUCCGCUUCAUGCUGCUGUGGCCGCCGACGCACAGGGAGUGUUUCAGAUUUUAAUCCGAAAUCGUGCCACCGACCUUGAUGCCCGUAUGCAUGAUGGAACAACACCACUGAUCCUAGCUGCCCGAUUAGCAGUUGACGGCAUGGUGGAAGAGCUUAUCAACUGUCACGCUGAUGCUAACGCCACUGACGAUACUGGUAAAUCUGCUCUUCACUGGGCCUCGGCUGUGAACAAUGUGGAGGCUGCUGUUGUGCUGCUGAAAAAUGGUGCUAACAAAGACAUGCAGGACAACAAGGAGGAGACCCCACUGUUCCUUGCAGCCCGUGAAGGCAGUUAUGAAACUGCAAAAGUUCUUCUUGAGCACUUUGCCAAUCGUGAGAUCACUGACCAUCUUGAUCAGCUGCCUCGGGAUAUCGCCCAGGAGCGAAUGCAUCAUGACAUUGUUCGGCUUCUAGACGAAUACAACGUGGUUAGGAGUCCUGGGCUUCACAGUGCCCCCUUAAACACCUCCACACUCUCUCCACCUCUAUGUUCUCCCAAUGACUAUCUCAGCAACCUCAAGCCAGCUCCUUCUGUCAAGAAGUCCCGGAAAUCAAGUUCUAGUGGAAAAGGGGGGAAGGAUGGGGGUAAGGACAUUAGGGUUAAGAAGAAAAAAUCUCUGGAUGGAAAGAGUAACUUGCUGGACACAACAUCUGUUCUUUCUCCAGUUGAAUCACUGGAGUCGCCUCAUGGCUACCUUUCUGAUGUAGCUUCUCCUCCUAUGGCAUCGCCCUUCCAGCAAUCCCCCAUGUCUCUAAAUCAUCUACAAGGCAAUGGAGAUUCUCUUACAGGCCAGAUUAAUCUGGGUAAAGAUAUGACUUGCAUGUCGUUUGACCCUCCCCGUCUUUCUCACCUUCCCGUGUCCAGUCCCAAUGCUCAGGGGACCACCUCCAUAGGUGGUGGCAGAGGGGGUCAGUGUGACUGGAUCCCCAGGAUGCAUCCAGGCGUAGGCCAGCAGGGAAGCUUCACCCAAGGACCAUCCAUUGCACACAGCAUGAUGGGUGCCCUGCAUGGUGUCAGUACUGCCACUUUGUCUCAGAUAAUGGGCUACCAGAAUCUACAGAACAGCCACCUUGGCUCGUCUGCACACUUGAUGCAGCAGGCUCGCUCACGGCAGCUCAAGCAUCAAAACUCCAAUUCCACAACAGCUGGUCAAUCCCUCAACCAGAGCUUCCCAACGGUUGAGCUGAACGGCUCAGACAUGCAGCCGAACAGCAGCACAGGACGAUCAGUGCCCAUCCACACUAUUAUGCCACAGGAGACGCAGAUGCUUGGUACCCAGUUUCUUACCCCUCCCUCCCAACAUAGCUACACAGGCCCUAUGGACAACACACCCAACCACCAGUUACAGGUGCCCGACCAUCCUUUUCUGACCCCAUCCCCUGGUUCCCCUGACCAGUGGUCCAGCUCAUCCCCACAUUCCAACAUGUCCGACUGGUCAGAGGGCAUCUCUAGCCCGCCCACAAGCAUCCAUUCACAGAUUAAUCUAAUCCCAGAGAAGUUUAAAUAAAUUGGACCUGCUCAGAUUGAACACAGAACACACAAAACAACAACAUUUCUGUCAUAAAGAGUAACAAAUUUGUGACAAGACUGAAGAAAUUUCCCUUUUCAUAAUCAGUUUUUAUACUAAUAAGAGCAGUUUUAGUUAUUUUGUAUUUAUUUAUGUGCAUUUUGUGAGCUGAAAGAAAGAUGUUUUAUAUUUAUGUUUUUUUAAUGUAUGAAAAACCUAGAAACUGUUGAAAGGUAGUGUCUGUCAGAAAGAACGCCUCCUGGAUGUGUACACUGGUUAUUUAUUUGUCUUGUGUUGAUAUAUUCACUGGAUUUGUUUGACUCUUUUGGCACAAAAGUUUGAUUUUCUUUUUCUUUUUAUUUUUUUUGGGCGGGGGGGGGGGGGGGGGUGUGAGUAGGGCUUCUGCAUUGCUUUACCUUUGUACAGUUUUUUUAUGUUUUAGAGAAUAUUUUAAAUUUUCAGUAUUAAUUAAAUUUAUCUUUAACCUCAUUUGUCCUUUUUUUAAGUAACUUUGUUUGUUACUGAACUACAUUUCACUGAGUCUUAUCACUGAGUCUUUGUUAGACAUUGAUUUAAUAUAUUAAUUUAAAGAAUCACUUUUCCUUUGGUUGCUUGCUAGAAUAUCCUUUCUGAACAAAAUAACAAAAAAUAAUCAACAAUAGCUAAUAAAUGGCAUAACAGAGGUAAUGAACUUAGGGGAUUUUGGACCUUAAAGCUACGAUCAAAUAUCGUUUUACUGACUAAGUGAUGCUUUUCAGUAAAUCUCAGCCUAAUUUUAUAGAAAAAUGAUCAGGGCUGAUGCUGAGCGAUUGAUUUGUGAUCAUUUGUGACCCAAGGAUUGUUUCUUUGUUUCUUAUAAAUGGUUUGCAAAUCUUUGACUAUGGUUACCGUGUUUAACCUGUUAAGUGUUACCUUGCAGACCUUUUGUAAAAUGUUGAAAUGUUACAUUUGUCACGGUUUUUAAAAGUGCCAGUGUGAUUUAUGCUUUUCUUACAAAAAGCAAUGUACUUUUUGAGAUUUCUUGUAAAAAAAAAAAAGUUACGUCUUCCAAGAGGAAAGUGAUGUUGUUUGUGAACGAAAUGGGGACCUUUGUGUGUUUUUAGCGACAUCAUCUGCACUUUGUGAACAGGUGUAGCUUAAGGUGUCUAAAUGUUAUGUUUUAUAAACUAAUCAAGAGGUAAAGAUGUUUUUAAGGAACAAAAAGUAAUAACAUUUUCAUGCAUAGUAGACAUAUUUCCAGAUGAAAAUCUUUUGUAAAGCUGUCAUGAUUCAAUAAAAAGAAUUGCAGUUAAACCUCAAAA